UCUUGCCGCUCCUCUCAGCCUCGUUGUCUGCCGGUGAACUCUCACCCCAGCUGCUCGGGAAAUGUCACACAGGCAGAGGCCCGUGUUGCAGUAGGGGGGCGUAAUGGGAGAGGGCAAAAAACAACAACAUCUUUUUUACUGCAUCUUUUUACGCGCCCUGUGUCGUGGAGAUGCCACAUCCAGCUGCCGCCGGCACCUCCAGCUCAGGCAGCAGCCGCCGCCGCCGCUGAUCGCAGCCUCAAUGCUUAUCUCGCAUUAGGGCUAAUAUAGAGAUAUAUAUAUAUAUAUAUAAAAUAAAAAAAACCGUGCCAGACAUGGGGAAGAACGUCAUGCUUCUCUUGAAGAUGUCAGUCCAUCAAACUAAUCGGCUUGUGAUGCCGAUGCCCAAUAGAAGAUCCUGGGAUUGAGACGUGCAUCUCUUCACACUGAUGGCCUGGACUGAGUUUCAGCUGGCCUGCUGAAGCUAUGGGGAGCUGUUGGAGUUGUCUGUACAGAGACCCCAUCCGAGACAACCAUCUCACCAAAUUCAAGGUCACCAAUGUGGAUGAUGAGGGCAACGAGCUGGGCUCUGGCAUCAUGGAGCUCACGCAGACCGAGCUCAUUCUUCACACACGCAAGAGAGACGCCAUCCGGUGGCCGUAUCUCUGCCUGCGACGCUACGGCUACGACUCCAACCUCUUCUCUUUUGAGAGUGGUCGCCGCUGUCAGACUGGGCAGGGAAUCUUUGCAUUCAAGUGUUCCCGGGCAGAGGAGAUCUUCAACUUGCUCCAGGAGCUGAUGCAAUGUAACAGCAUCAACGUGGUGGAAGAGUCGAUGAUGAUGAGUCGCAGUGGUCACACACCGGAGAUGGAAAUGUCUCGCACGCCACAGACUCCCAACACUCCAGCAUUCCCUGUUCAGGCUUUCCCCAAUGGAUACCCUGGCUAUCCAAUCAGAGGCGACUCCUCCCAACCCUCUCUUGCUGAUGAUCAUGGACAUAGUCUCAUGGGUUUGGACGACCAGACCCACACCUAUGUAAACACUGUUAGCAUGGAGGGGGAUCUCUCCAUGCGUCACUGUGUGCACUCCCUACCUGAGGUGCGGCCCAGCACUUUCACCGAAACAGCACGGGGAGCCAUGCCCAUCGGGGGACAAGGAAACCCGCAGUCCAACCUGCGGUGCUGUCCCCUGGAGGAGCAUAAAGAUCCUCAGGUGUUUUUACAGCCGUCCUCACAGGAGGUCAAAUUCAUGCUGGGCCCCACUCCGGCACAGCGCCAUCUGCUGGAGAGAGAGAGGGAGAGAGAGCGGGAGAGGCAUGGGCACAAUCCUCACAACCUUCAGCCAGUAGAGGGUGCAACAGGCUCAGAGACAGAGGGAGAUGAGCCCACUAUGCACCUGUGCAACUCUCACUCCUAUCACCAUUUCCAUCACCAUGCGCACCGCCACCCGGGUCACAAGCACCCCGACAGCUGCCAGAGUGUUGAGCUCACCUACGAGAACAUCAACGGCCUGAGGAGCGGCCGGAAGCAGCGGCUGAGCCCCAGCAGCGUGUCGCAGUCUGUGGGUUCCAGCAGCAGCAGCAGUACCGGGGACAGUCACUCCCACUCCCUCCUGCACCCACACCCUCACGGCCCGUCGUCUCUCCCCCCGCAGGGCUACGCCUGUGAGAGGGGCAUCGUUGGGGGACACCGUCGGACAGCUUUGCUGAACUACGAGAACCUGCCCUCCCUGCCCCCGGUGUGGGAGUACAGCGCUCUACAGCGUGAUGACGAGCAGGAAGAGGAUGAUGACGAGCAGGAUGAUGAGGAAUACGAGGAGGAAGAAGAGGACUUUGAUGAGUACGAGUUCUCAGAAGGCCCUGGGACACCCAACGGGUACCACCAGGAUGGUCGCAUCCACAGAGACGCCCUGCAGAACUAUGUCAACACAGAGCAGGUCCAGCCUCCCCGGCUCCCACAUGCCUGUCCCCCGCAUCCCCGGCCAUGUCAGACAGACAGAGGGGGAAUAUUUAGCUUUGAUUUCGGCAGACGAUCGAGGUCAGGGGUCGGAGGCUGUGAGCACGGCCACAUGCCUCCAUCGCGGCAGCUGAAUUACAUCCAGGUGGACCUAGAGGGAGAAGCUCCCUGCCAAGCCCUCGGCGGCGGGGGUGCCCAGCCCCAGCCCCAGCCACAGCACCAGCGCCUGCCACCCAUAAAAUGUGGCGCACAGGCACCCCGGCGCAGCGAAUGCUACGCAGUCAUUGACCUAAAGAAGACCGCUGCCAUGUCCAACCUGCAGAAAGCUCUGCCCAGGGAUGAUGGGACUUCCAGAAAGACUCGCCACAACAGCACAGACCUGCCUCUGUAAACAGUGUUCGAACUGAAGAGGAGCGAUGAAGACAGAUGAUGGCUUAUCCUCAUCUUAGCACACUGGACCCUUCACUGUCAUCCAUCCAUUCAACUGUCGGGCUGACUAAUACAAAUACAGGUACCUAAUUAGAAACCUACUGAAAACUAUCUGUGCAUAUAAGAGGAAAUAAGAAAUCUUUGAGGAGAAUUUGCCAUUUUAAUCCUUAUUUAUCAGACAUGGGGUGUGAAGCUCUGUUGGGAAAUCUGCAGUUGUUACUGCAAAUACUGUUUGCUGGAUAUAUGGAUGUGUAUACAUGAGCAUAAAAUCAUACAUACGGAGGAAAAUCAUACAUUUAUGAUUUUAUGCUUAGCUAUGACUCGGAGCAGUGAUCUCCGUUCUCAGUUGAAGUAUUCAUUGCCAUGCUGUAUUACCAAAUUUUCUGAAACCCAUCUUCACUCACAAAUAUUGUUUCUAUUAUUAAGUAUCACCACACCCAUGUUUGAGUCGGAAAUGUGACUCGUUACAGAAAGCUCAGAUUAGUCCGUAUUUUGGAAAUUUUAAAGUUCGGCCAAGAUACUGGCCAAUGUUCAUACCUCAUCGCAAGCACCUAAGUCUAAUGUUGUGGCUGAUAGAAGUUCUUUGUUACGAUAUGCCUGUAGAGCAUUUUGCACACAAUCCUAUGGAAUUGUAUUUUAUCAUAUUUUAGGAAUAGUUUUGUCCAAAUCCAGUUGAAAAAGUGGAAUAAAAUAAACAUAACCGCAGGAGAAUUAGACUUAAAACUGAACAACGGUAAACGUAGCGCACACACACACAGUUUCAACAAGCUUUCGCUCCCUCCUUAUCCACAUGCAGCAAAAUGAAAAAAAGUAGCAUAUCAUCUUUGAUCACGACUCCUGCAUAUCAUCCCUGACCUGCGGAAGGUCCACAGCGGUUUUACGCUUGUCACGUUGCACUUUCGACCCCGGGAGCCACUGAAACGCGCUUUGUCACGAUACACUCGCUCUCCACUGGAGCCACAGGUCCGACCAUCUCCCUUUUUUUUACCAAAAGCAGGAGGCCAAAUACUUCAUGGACACGCUCAGUCAGCAAUGUAGGCAGAGUUUAUUCCAGUGUUUCUAAUGGCGACAUCAGUAACCUCAAAUAGUGGCAUUAAGCUAUGACCUCACAUAAAACGUGCUCAGUCUGACACUUGUCAGGUGUGAGUGGUCGAUUUAACAGAUUAUUCAAGUAUGUUGCAAAGUCAUGCUGUGGAGAUUUUUGUGAGAAUAUUAAUCAACCUUCAUAGUCAGAUAUUUAUUUAUUUAUUUCAUUCUUAAUUUAUUCUUUUCUUUUUUUUUUAAAUUGUGCUAAUUUAGUUUUCCAUGUGAUGACUAGCGUUUUGUAAACCAGUUGGUAAUACGGAGACCAAAGUUUCACCUCAAAUUAUCACUGGAAACUGGGAUGUUACUUUUAUGACUGUGCGUAAUUAUAUUUUUUAAAAGAAACAGAGAGACUGUAUUUAUAUUUUAAGUGCCAAAACUUAAUUGCAAACUGUACAAUGAAUAAAAUCUAACGUGCCAUUAGGAUUUAUAGGACAGACGGGCAAAAAGUGAAAAAGCAGUCGGGGUACAUACCUGAAUCCAAGUUUUUAAGGAUGACAGAAAUUUAAAAUAAUAAAAACUGCACAUUCCACCUCAUCCGCAUCGACAGCCAUUUCAGAGCGAGUGACGAGGACGGUAAUCUUGUAGUCUGAUAAUCACAGUUCGGGUGGUUUUAUGCUGCUACAUGUAAAUACGAACAGUAGCCCAUGUAGGUACUUGUACAGGUACUUGUCGAAAUGACGCGAUGUCAGAUCUUUUACCAUGUUGUUAAUAGAAGUAGCAUUGUUGUGUUCUUCUGAGAAUUUUUUUUCCCCCCUGAGCGCUAGAAAAUGUAAUGUGCCAUGAUUUCAGAGAAUGUUUCAUUUCAGAUUGUUUUCCUGACACACUGGCUGUCUGUUAUUAGGAGAGGUAACGGAAAGCACAGGCCCACUGACGCUGUCAUCUUUGUGUUGAGCGCUCACAUCAGGUUGAUAUCUUCAGCCGACAGACGAAGGCCCAAAUGUUCUAGAUUUAUACACGUGUGCAGGCCUUCAAAUGCAGAUGUGUUGUGGCUUUUAGCUGAAGCUGAUCGUUUUAUUUUUAGAGUUCAGAUACGAGAUACGAAUACAAAUUCUUUACUUCUGAUAAGGACGGUAAUUUUGGCUUCUGUGUGACUGGAGUUAAAGUUAGGAUGAACUGCAAAGCGAUGAUUGGCUUUUAAAUUCAUUGUUGUCAUUGUUAAGAUUAAGAUUAAGUCACAUUAAGAUUUUCCCAGCCCUGCCCAAAUAUCUGUGUGCUCUAAGUUAAGGUGUGUACUCUUAAUGCACACCUGUGGUUCUUUGUCAAUCAUUUCCUCCAUAACCUUCAGCAGAAAAUAAAAUACCGACGACAAUGCCUAUCUCCUUUACCUCGGGUGGAAUCUUAAAAUGAUCUCAUUGUCUAGACUAGAGCACCGUCUCUAAACUGAUUUGAUUCAUUCACAGUUCAUUCAUGGUAAAUCAACAAUACCAGCAAAACUCCCACUUUCAAAAAGCUGGGAUCAGCAAAUAUUUGCCAUUUUUUAUUGUUGAUUCGAUAAUUGUAUUAAUAUGUAAAAUGUGAAGUGACUUUUUCCAUCCAACAAUUCCAAAAAAAACAAUUUCCAAUUUAUAAUCAGAUAAAUUUGCACAAAUUUGCAAUUAUUUGGUGAAUUGAUUUGUUGAUUGACUCGAUAUUGAUUUAGAUGAUAGCAGUCAUUUCAUAUACAGAGUUUUUGAUAGAUUUCCGACACAGAAGCCUUAAAUGUCCUCAGAUCAGAAGUUGACGGUUUGUAUUGUUGCUCGAACGUCAUACGCUGAUGUGAGAUUAUUACAAAAUGUCUCCUCGAUAACGAAAAAGGCCAAAAGUCUUCGCUCGUCCCAGGACUGACAUUUUGACUGUACUUGUAGAGAUAUUGUCAUGAACUUGGAGGGAUGUUUACAUUUUUGCAAUAAUAGUUGAAUUAUUGUUUUGUUGAUUUUAAAUCAGACCAAUGUGUAAAGUGUGAACUUUAAAUAGUCUAUAGAGCUGUGGGCUUAAUGUGUUUAAUCGCCUGUUCUUCUGUGAAUCCGCAGUCUAAUUGUUAUUAUUAUUAUUAUUAUUUUUCAGGUUCAAUGUUUUCUUUUCAAGUUUCAUAGUGCGGUUUUAGCUAUGAAAGUUUAAAAAAAAUGAAAAAGAUGCCUGUUUUGAUUGUCAGACUCUGUGUUUGCUUAGACUCACAUUAACAGUGCCAUACAGCAGUAAAACCUUUGCCAGUACUUCGAUUCAAUUUUAUUGUAUUAAACUUUCAAACCAGUGUUGAUGUUUCACACAGGAAUCAGCGAGUGGUUCAUCUAAUUUCUCAGAUUAUAGUGACAUGUGUUUUUAUGGCAUUUAAAAAGAAAAAAAUGUUUUAAAAAAAAUCCCAUGUUGAAAUGUGUCAACUUUCUUUUUUUGUUCUUUUUUUUUUUUUAUAACGCAGUAACCUCACCACCACCCAAACCAGUGAACAGUGAUUACAGCAUCAUUACCGCUCACCCCUCCUGUGUUGACUGAUUAAUAAUUAUGUUAAAUAGACGUUUUUCCAGGCACCAAAACAAACAUUUCCAAGCCUCCCAACUAACUGUGACUGGCUCAAUAUCAAUGCCUUUCAUUUUCGUUUAUGGCCGAGGUGUGAUUAUCACAGGUGUAAACAUGUUGCGGGGGCAAGGAGCCAAGUCAAGAUAACAACUAUAACUAAGUUCCCCAAACUGAAUUCAUUGAAUGGGUUGUUUAACAAAAGGGCUUGCUCUGUUUAUUCUACAAACCUGAGCACGUAUCUCAAAAGUCCAUGUGUGGAAAUUUCUCACUGUGCCUUUCAUAAUUAAGCUGGAAAACAUUUUCGCUGCUGUUUAUGAGGGCGGUCUGAUGUUUAAAAAAACAAAGAAAGAAAGAAACAAGUCACUGCCUGUUGUUGAAAGGGGAAUAAAUCUAAGUGGUUUCAUAUUUCAAGUUGGAUUUUAAAAGAAAUCGGCCAACUCUUGCCAAAGUCUGCAACUGUGUUUUAAAGAUGUCUGUUAAAGGGAUAUGUUUGGGAAAUACACUUUUUUGCUCUUAAACUUUGAGUUAGAUGAGAAUAUUGAUAUGAAUCAUGUCUAUAUGAAGAUGCAACCAGAUGCCUGUUAUCUUAAACCCAGGAAACAGUAGAAACACUUCAGAAAUCGGCCUCUGUUAGCCUGAUAGCUGAACGUUUAAAAAUAAAUCCAGCUCCUUGAAAGCUCAGUAGUCAAAACCUUGGACCUCGUUUGUUUAGUACAUAUAUAAAAACCAGACAGUGGUUGCCAGGCAACCAGCAGAAACUUCAGUCAGUCACUGCUCCAGCUUUGAUAGGGGGAAUUUGUAUAUUCAAAUGAUGGGAUUUGCUGUUUUCCCCUUUUUUAUUUCCUGUUUUAAACUAACCUCAGAUUGGCUGCAGCUUCACAUUUAGCCUCCAGACAUGAGUUGUUAUCUUUCCUUCUUGCUCUCUCUCAAGAACGCAAUGAGCAUAUUUCCCAAAUUCUGGAACUAGUCCUUUUUAAAUGAAGUCAAUCCUAAUUAAGAUUAAAGGAAACUGAAUUUGACAUUAAUAAUCCGCUCAGUGGUUUAGGUUGGAGACAAAUUUGAUGUGAUUUCAAAAAGUUGUUGAAUCAUGACUCGUAUGUUGUGUAGCAUAAUGAUGUUAAUUCUGAGUAAAGACGACAGUGUGUUUGUCAUUUUGAUGCCAUGAUCUCUCAUCAGCUGCCAUUUCUCCUCAUUGUGCUAAAGAAUGUGGAAAUAAACCUCCUUUCAGAGAUUUCAGUUUUUUUUCUGUGUGCUUUUCCAAUUUAUGACUAAGUGGAUAAGACGAGACAAAAAUACACGCGUGUCAAAUGUCAAAUAUAAACCAAGGGCAGAAAGAAAGGCUGUUUGCACCAUAGUGCUUCACAUCAUCUCCAUCAGUGGUUUUCAUCAUCAUCUCUUCUUUGAUGAUUUUUGUACAUCACCUCCCACCAGACAGUCAUAAUCUAAAUGUCAUAUUGUAAAACCUCAGCUUCCUGUCCACGCUAUACGAGAUAGAUCUGUUAAAAUAAUGAAAGUAUCAGAAAACUGUAAUAUCUCUUAUUAUUAUUAUUGUGUAACUUAUUUAUUAUUUAUUAUUUCGAAAUCUGCUUUGUUUUUGUCUGGUUCGAAAGUGUACCCGCCACCAGGGGGUGAUGUAUAUGUACGGGUCUGAGCUGUACAUCUUUGUGACAGAUUUGUGUGUUUACAUAUUGGUUACAAACUUUGUGACUUUGAUAUCAACUUAUGAAGCGAAAGAGUUUCAAAUACGCUCGAGCAUGACAAAACCCGGGACCCAGGAGGAACUGCAGGUACUCUCUGACUCAUGAAGUGAGCCUCGCCGGACUCACUCCUGUUGUUGACUCUUACUUGUGGUGUGAAUGCACAGCUGAAGGUUUAACCAUACUGAAUAUUUUUGGUGAAAAAGGGAAGACUUCUUUAUGUUUCCGUCUCGUUUUGAAAAACAAAAAAAGAACUUUGUUGUAUGUUUCUGUGUCCAUCUUUCUAAACGAGUGAGGGUCUCAUCCUGCUGCCAUUAAGAGGUGUGUUAUCGGACCUCCUCUUCAUCCCAAAAACAAAGUGAGCCUGACAUUUGGUGAAUUUUACCCUGAAUUUUAUCAAUUAUAGAGUGUGGAUUUGUGCAAAAUGUAAAAGUAAAUGUAAUUCUAAUAUUAAAAUGAAGCUAUGAAAAUAUCUUACUGCGCACUAAACAGUGUCUAUUUUUUUUCCUUUUACGUUUUACUGUUUAAAAAGAAUCAAUAAAUGCAUUCGAGCAAAACAAAGUUUUCUUUCCCUCCAGGAUCAUCUGUGCCUCCUCAGUUCAGAACAUGUACAAUUUUUAGACAUGACAGCAUUUACGAGAUGUUUUUUUAAGGUUGUUCCUAGAAUAUUUUUAUAAAAAUGUGCCAGAACAGGCUGCUCAACAAUCUGAACAAUAAAACAUCUGUUAAAAUAAAAAAAUAGGUCAUUUUUUAAAAAGAGAAAGAAAAGAGUCAGGUCAACACAGUGAACGCCAAAGCUUUUUUAGGCCGUUGAUGAUAACACUUGAUCACUCCUGGAGGUGAAAUGCUGUUUAUCUUUUUGCUUAUUUUCAAAGUGAAAGUUUGAAGACAGACGUGAAACUGGCCUGUUUUAAAAUGUGUGUAAAACAAUACUCCCUGCCUUCAUCCAUCCCCCUGCCCAACGGCUGAGAAAACCUGCUCUGUGAGGAAUGUCUUUGCCCUGUUGAGAGAAAUGAGCUUAACUGUGUGGACUCCAUUCAAAUUUUGACAGCCUUCUUGUUGAGGACGUGUACAUCUGUCUGUAGCUCAACCACCUGCCCAGGAUCAAUUAUCAUUACCUAUUAUCCACGUGGACAUGAUUAUUAUUGCAAUUACUUUUUAUUCAGCACUUGUUUUUGCAGCUGAAUAUUUUACUUCUUUUGAGCAUGUACAUGUGCCUGUGUGUGAACAAUUUGAAUAAUUUAAAUGUAAGUGAGCAUGGUCCUUGUUAGCUAUGGACAAAUAUUUACAGCAAACUGUAAAUAGACGCUGACUUGUCUGGUUUUCCUGUCUGUCUUGUUUUUCUUUUUGGACUCAUUGUAUGAAAAGAAGCGCCUCACAAAUAAAGCAGAGCUUUUAUUGUU